AUGGAUAUAGAUUCAGGCAAAGAUUAUAAUCAUCCUAAUCCCCCUUCUUCUCAACCUUUACCCGAACUUUUGUCUUCUCAUUCUAUAUAUAUUUAUCCUAUUCAUUCAUAUGCUUCUCAAAGACCUCAACCUAAUCCCCCACUUGAAGGCGUUAUUUCUUUACCAAAGACUAAAUAUGUUAAACAUAAAUCUAUGAUUAAAAAACCAAAAAUGAGUGAUUUCAUUGUAAAUGAUGAAGAAGAGGAGGAAGAGGUUGAUAAAAGUUAUCCCGAAGUGAUUUUAGAUCACAAAUAUGAUGGUAAACAGUUGGCAUAUUUAAUUAAAUGGGAUAAUUUGCCGGAAAGUUAUAACAGCUGGGAAAAUGCGCAAACGAUAAAUGAUAGCGUAAUGUUAUCAACCUAUUGGAAUGAAUGGAAAAGGAAAAGAAAUUCACUUGGACAUCCAUCAGCACAAAUAAAAAGAAAAUACGAGGAAGAAGAAAAUGAACAAUACAAUUUAAUCAUGGAAUGUCCUAACGUUAGGGCAUAUGCCGAUCCCAAUAUUUUAAUUGAUUGGAACGAAGAGAUUGACGAAAUCGAAUCUAUUAGACACAACGACUCGGGCCAAUUGGUUUCUUAUGUAUUAUGGAAAUCUGGGUUGAGAAGUGUGCAUCUGUUGGAUGAAUUGCACGAAAAGGCUCCAAAAAAGAUGUGUAAAUGGUAUUCCAAUCAUCUCAGGUUUAUGGAUAACAAGGAUUUACGCAAAUGGCAUUAG